AUGCCUCUUCACCUACUCGGCAAGAAGUCAUGGAACGUCUACAAUCCCGAGAACAUCGCCCGUGUACGGCGUGAUGAGGCUGAGGCCAAGGCCCGGGAGGAGGAAGAGGAACGUCGUAUGCAAGAAAUUGAUGCUGAGCGCAGAAUCCAAAUCCUCCGCGGCGAGCAGCCCUCUACCCCACCACCCCCGCCGUCUGCUCCAUCAGAUACCCGACGCGACAGGACCCAUGGAGAGGAUGCUGGAAGAUAUAGAAAGAGGAGGCGACUGGCAGGUGAAAAUGAUACGGAUCGGGAUAUUAGACUCGCGAGGGAAGAUGCUCAGUUGAUGCUGGCGAAAAGUGAGGAGCUCGCUGUGUCCAAGACCAGCGAUGCGCCGCUUUUAGACAGUAAAGGGCAUAUCAAUUUAUUUCCUUCCGAGGCAGCGCAGAAGCCAGCAGAAAAGAACAAAGAGGCGGAGAAGGAAGCAGCUGACAAGAACCGGAGUUAUGAGGACCAAUAUACGAUGCGCUUCUCGAAUGCGGCGGGGUAUCGCCAGUCUGCUGGCCAAAUGCCUUGGUACUCUUCCUCCAGUCGUGAUGUUUUGGCGCCUGAUGCUAUGCCUGAAAAGGAUGUUUGGGGUAAUGAGGAUCCGAUGAGACAGGAGAGGGAGAAAGCCCGGCUAGAUGCCAACGAUCCACUUGCGGCGAUAAAGAGGGGAGUUCGCCAGUUGAAGUCGGUCGAACUUGGACGGAAAAAGUGGAACCAGGAGAGAAAGAGAGAAUUAGACGCAUUGAAAGAGGCAGAAAGACAUCGGAUAGGAAACCGAGGAGCUCACACCGACAUCGCUCGCAUCGCCGCGGAAGAAGGCGCGACCGUUCUCACGAUCAUUCUUGCGAUCAAUCCCGCAAGCGACACCGUCACUCCCAUUCCCACUCCCAUUCGCACCGUCAUCGUGAUCCCCAUGACCAUGACCGAGGGGACGUUCACGAGGCGCAGUCGCACAGACGCCAUGUGUGACACCUUUCGUUAUGGAAGCUUGAUCUUGAUGUGA